CAUUCACCUAUUUCCCAACAGAAGUUGUCAAGGUUCCGCGGACGCGUCUUUCGACGCGGUCGUAUCUGAGCGGGCCGCGUUCCCUCCCUCUUCCUUUUUGCCUUUUUAGAGCGAGGCAGGUGAAGGGAGCAGCCCUGCCUUCACCCCUCUGUGGAAAGGCGAUUUCGUCAGCGGGGAAAUUCAAGCGCUUUGCAUAUAGAAAUUAAUCGCAUUACUCCUGCCUCCGCCCGCCCCCGGGAUCCGGAGGCUAUAAAAUGGGAAGGCGUGCCGAUCGUAGCAGAAGUGUAGAGCUCUCAUUCGACGGCAAGCAGAAACCUGGCGUCAGUCCUUUACAUUACGUAAAAGAACUGCCCGGCAUCGAAGACAGCCUGCUCCGUGGCGGUGGACAAAUGGCUACUUGCACCUCUCAGAGCCUCGCAGGGGCCCUGCUCUUCUUGGGAUGGCACCUAGUUCAAACCACUCUUAGUACAACGGUAAUCCCACUAUGUGGAGUAAAUAAGACUGAAAACUGUGUAACUACUGUAGGAACGGUUGUACCUAUAACUCAGGUGGAAAGAGAGACAGAAUGCAAGCCAGAAUGGCGAAGUUACUGUUUCAAUGGAGACUGCAGAUACUCAGAGACUUUGGACCGAUAUUUCUGCAGGUGUAAGGAAGGCUGGAUUGGUGAGCGAUGUAGCCAUUCAAAUCUGUAUCCGGUCAUAAAACCCUUAAGCAGUGAAUACUUGGCAUUUACUAUCCUUGUCUGUCUGUUUUUCUUCAGUGCAAUUUUAUUAUCAAUAUACUUUUACCGAAGGUAUUUAAACAAGAAGGAGAGACUUCCUACAAACAAAAACUGUAAAGAGGUUGCUACAGAUACUGAAAAGGAACAAAAUCUUCUUCAUGUGUGAAAUAAGGAUUCAUACAAAAUCCAUUUAUUUAAUAAUAUAAACAGAAAUAUUUUAUUAAUAUUUAUAAGUGAAAGAAUUUCAAAGUUUUGAUGAAAGAAGAAUAUACACAGAGGCCAAAACACUAUUUUUAUAAAUGUCAUUUAUAUUUGUAUUUUAUUUUUUAUUCAAUGCUAUACCUGUGGAAAGUUUUCAUAAUGUAAUUCAAUGAUGUCUUGAAUUCAUACCUGUGAACAGUUACAUGUGAAAGCAUGUAAAAUGUAUUUUACUAUGGUUAUAUUUAAUGCACUACAAAACACUAAAUGUUGGUGUUUUCUUCACUGGAAGAAAGGUUUUAAUUGGAGGAAUCUUUAUUUGUUAUAAAGAUGAAAUCUUCCUAAUCAUUCUAAUUAGCUGUUUCCUUAGAAAUAAGAACAGAAGGUGUCAUAUUGUAAACUUGUGCACUUAUUUAUUUGUUCAU